GCACCUCCCCUAUAAAGGGUUUGGAGAUCGGGUUUGCAGCCCAGGUGGGGCGGCUUGGCUGACAUGGAGGGACCCGGCCCCAGCCAGGGCACGAUGCUGACCAACGCGGAGCCCUCCAACGCGGUGAAACUGCUGCACCUGCUUUUCCUCUCCACCUUCUGGGGAAUGCAGAUCUGGGUGACCUUCGUGGCAGCAGGGCUCGUGAUGCGCAGCCGCCUCCCCCGCCACACCUACGGCUUCAUCCAGAGAGAGCUCUGCCCCUACUACUUCCACAUCGGCUCCACCUGCGCGUUCCUCAACCUGACCCUCUUUGCCAUGUACCACCCCAGCGAGCUGCUCAGCGAGGAAGAAACUACCCAGAUCAUCGUCUUCUUCGUCUGCGUGGCCCUCUCCGCGCUGAACACGCAGUGGUUUGGGCAGGCCACCUCCGACAUCGCGGCGGACAUGCACCGCAUCGAGUGCGGCCGCGGCCUGGGGCAGGAGGUCGGGCUGCUCGCCGGCGAGUCCUGCCAGCAGCUGCGCGCCUCCGACCCCAGCUACGGGCGGCUGGCCCGGCAGCUCGCCCUCUACGGCGCCGCGUCCGCCCUCUGCAACCUCUGCUGCAUCGCCUGCAACGGCUUCAGCCUGUACUACCUGGCUGCCCGCCUCUCCGCCUUGUGAGCCUCUCUGCCACUGCGAGGCGACCCCGAGUUUCGGAGUUUCGCCAUUCUGGGAGAUGCCUGUACUGUGUUCGUGCAUGGCGCAGCGAUUUAGAAAUAACCAAACAGAACGCCCGACUGUUUACUUUAUUUCGUGCUGUCUGAAGCCAGAACUGGAAAGAGAAAAGCCCUCCGUGACCUAAGCAGAAGCUGUUAUGGCUGAAGAGCUUUUUGAGGCCCUGUGAACUUGGUGUUUCGAGAAGU